AUGCUGGCUGAUACAGAUGCGGCUGCCAGUCUCGUCGACAAGCGUGUGCUGAAGCGUCUCGGACGAGCCUCCGAACCGCUACGACCUUAUACUGGGGGCUUGGAUAGUGUCUCGGGACACAAGAUUCGCGUUAGUGGGGUUAUCGACUUGCCCGUCACGCUUGGAACGCUGGAGAAGACGCUUCCUUUCGCGUUCCGUGCGGUGAUUGACCUCGAAGAGCAGUCCAUGACACUGAAGGAGACGGGAGACGUGAUUCCGUUGGGUGCGACAAGGGUCGAAGAAACCUACGCGGCUACGAUAUCGUCGACGGUGCGUUUAGAACCCGGACGUCAGGCCUUACUGAGAUCGAGCGUUCGCGGAACGAUGAAGGGCCACUCAGCUGUGUUGGUCGAGGGCGUUCCCGGAACGGACGAGGCUUUGAGAGUCGCGAGGACGUUGUGUACCGUGACGGAUGGAACGGUUCUGGCGCGUACGUCGCUGCUGUAA